CUUAUGCAUAUGCCCCUGGACAUCUUCUUCGAGAUAUCGUCGCAUCUACAUCCUCUGGACCUUCUACACCUUUCUAGGACUUCUAAGCAACUGCGCUCAAUCAUGCUUUCUGCUAGGAGCAGAUCUGUGUGGAUCACUAGUUUAGCCAGCAUCGAUGGUCUACCGCCCUGUCCGAAAGAUAUGAGUGAACCCGCUUACUCCGCGCUUCUAUUCUGCCGCGCAUGUAAUGUGAGUAUCGCUGCUCGUCCCUGUUGGGUGGACUACGCUAUUCGAAUCAGGCUCUGUAAGGCCUGCUACAAGACAAAG